AUUGAUGCUUUAAAAGAUACGUUAAAGAAGGACGAGGAAUUCGCAAAGUCGAAUGUGGAAAGUCUCAUAGAUCAAUCACAUGUUUACACUAUGUUCCGCUUUAGUGUGUGGAAUCUUUAUGAAAUUCUUCGACAUGUCGAUCGUAAUCCUAAAACAUUUCGUCCCACUUAUCCGAAUUCGUAUCUAAAAUUGCCUCUGCUAAAGUUCGAGAUGUUGGACGCCUCUGCCGUGCCACCCGAGUUAUUUGAAGUCGACGUCGAAAUUCUUAUGAAUACACUCAAGCGUAAGGUGUACAAACUGAUGAAGCACUAUUCAGACAAAAUGCUGCCAUCGCUACAGAAGAGUAAACAGGCGUAUCACGAACAGUUUUUGGCCACCUACGAACGACGGGAGCCCUACAAUGACGAGGAUCAACAAACAGGCAUGACAAUGGGUGGCGAUCUCCUGGAAGACACCAGGGUCAAUAUCAAUGUCCCGAACCGCAAGCAGAUAAAGGCGCAGAGUGCUAGGAUAGUGGAAAGCGCUAUCCGACGGGAAGAAUCAUAACGUUCCGAUCUCUUUUAAAUCAUUAAUAAACUUCACACGCUUUCCUUACCACUUUGAAAACCAGA